AUGGACGGAGACUGGCGGCAAGUCGCUUUCUGGAUCAGGAGAGGAGCAGAUGUGCAUGCGCGGGACUUGAAGCUCGGAAGCAACUGGACCUCGCUGCAUCACGCUGCCUUCUCCGGCUUCUCCGUCACCUCCCGCACGCUCGUCGAGCUCGGGGCUGACCUCUACGCGCGGGAGCCUUCCUUUCUCGAUACUCCGUUGCAUUUCGCUGCUGCUCAGGGGCACACGAAAUGCGUCAAGACGUUAGUGGGCCUGGGGUGCCCCGUCGACAUCACCAACGGCGAUGGGAGGACGCCGCUGCAUGAGGCUGCAGGGCGCGGACAAACUGACACCUGCGCAGCUCUCAUUGAGCUGGGGGCAGACGUGAACGUCAACCAUCAAUACUUGCUGAACCAGAUGUUAUGGAAUGCAUCAGCAUGUGGGAACGAAUCUGAGACUCUACGACUGAUUCGAGAUGGCGCAGACGUGAAUUCAGUCGAUUCAGAAUUUCUUCAGACUACGGCAUUGCAUCGCGCCAGCUUACACGGGCAUGGCAACAUCGUGGACAUUCUCCUUGAUCAUGGCGCAAACAUUAAUUUUGCAACCAUCUGGAGAUCUACUCCGCUGCACUAUGCCGUUGUUCGCGGUCACAAAGAUGUGGUGGAAACUUUGGUAGUGCGAGGUUGUCACAGGGCUUCAGGUUGUGUCUUUUGA